CUCGACCAUACUUUCUGCUGAUUGAUUCUAUUACUACUAUACCUCUCGCCGUACUGCUGCCUGGACCAUAACCUCAUUCUACCGUCCUUCGCGUUACUCUCCUAUCUGGCCUUUGUGCUUCAUCUUCGCCUACCGAAACCCAACCCGCAUUUCCCCAGCUUAAAGCUGUCGUGCCCGUGAUUCCUCCAAUUCCCCCACCAGGCUUGUCGUCAGGCCGCCUGCUUCCGAUUGCGCCCUAGGGUCAGCACCAACACAACUACGACGCAUAUCGCUUGUUGAGCGCAAACGAGUCUAGGCAUUAGGCAAGAGCUUGACACACGAACCUGAGGUGGAACAGCGCAGCAGGCGUACAGAGACAACAUGCCGUUCGGCAUCAACAAUCCGCUGCCCUCGUCCAUGAGGAGCGAGUGCAAGAAAGCUGGCAAAAUCCUAGCAUCAUUCGUGGAUCCGAGACAAAGCUUUGGCCCCGACAAAGUGAUACCGCCUCAAAUACUUGCCAAUGCCAAGGGUCUGGCAGUUCUCACCGUGCUCAAAGCAGGCUUUCUGGGCUCCGGCCGCUUCGGCUCCGGCAUCGUGGUGGCACGAUUAGCAGACGGCAGCUGGUCCGCACCGUCGGCGAUUGCAACUGCAGGGGGAGGAUUCGGCGGCCAGAUUGGGUUCGAGCUGACGGAUUUCGUCUUCAUCCUCAAUGACUACAAUGCAGUACGCACAUUCGCACAAGCGGCCUCCGUCACACUCGGCGGCAAUGUCAGUAUCGCCGCUGGACCUGUGGGACGCAACGCCGAAGCUGCAGGGGCCGCGAGCAUGAAAGGUGUGGCCGGCAUCUUCGCAUACAGCAAAACCAAAGGACUGUUCGCCGGUGUCAGUUUGGAAGGGAGUGUCUUGAUUGAGAGAAGAGAUGCCAAUGAAAAAAUGUACAACGGCCGAGUCACGGCCCGACAGCUCCUGGAAGGCGCUAUCAGACCCCCUCCAGCUGCGGAUCCAUUGAUGAGAGUACUGAAUACACGGGUGUUUUCGGGCGCCGCAUUCAAUGAAAACAUGUACAACGACGUGCCAAUCUACGACGACCAGCACGACGACGUGGUAUGGGAGGGCCGCACCGGCGAGGCCUACGGGGCGAACGUGCGGAACAACCGCUCUUCCACAUUUGGCUCGAACCGCGACGACAACUACGAAUAUCGUGACAACCCGCGCCGCGCCAACACAUGGCAGGACGACAUCUACGACCGUGGGCCGCCGGGACGACACAACAACGACAACACCUUCGACAGCUACACGAGUCCCAACGCUAGAAGCCGGUCAAGUACCUUGCAGAACGACUAUACUUAUUCCGACAGCAAACCGACGCGGCCGACGGCGCCAAAACCAAUAUUCAAGCAGCGGACAGGAGCAUUGCGACCGGACCAGGCCGUGGCGUUAUAUACCUUCGACCCGGACCAAGAAGGGGAUCUUGGGUUCAAGAAGGGCGACGUCAUCACCAUCCUCAAACGUACUGAAAACAAGGAAGAUUGGUGGACUGGACGGACUGAGGAUGGCCGAAUUGGUAUAUUCCCAUCCAACUAUGUCGAAACAGCGUCGUGAAGAAGAAGAAGGAAGAAAAGAAGAACCAUGCAAUGGGUUUGCUUUUGUUUUUUCAAUGCAGGCAAAGAGGAUCUGAUUCCAUGCAGUGACAGCCAUGGCAUGGCGUUUAUAUACCCUCUCCUUGAUUUUCAUUUGUCUCCUUUGCCUGCCCAUCUAGCGCUCGGAGUCUUUGUCCUGCUAAGCUUCAGCUUCGGCAUUUGCUUCGCACGGGGACCAAGUUGUCUCAGGUAGAUAAGGUGGGACCGAUCGCUGUCAGUCAGCUUCCGGCGUUGCGAGACCCAAAAUGCCAAAAAUUUCAAUGUUCAUUUGUUUAGACAG